AUGGUCACCAAAACUUCCAUCUUUGUGCGAGGAAACCGCGUCGACGGCUGGGUUAUCACGCUCGGUCUCGGGUCUAUCCUUGCAGUCCUGAAAACAAGAAAGGUAAUGAGCAGCCAGGACGGAGAACCGCCCAGAAAGCGGGAAACCCGCUCUGGAAUACGGAAGGUCUCCCGUCUCUCCGCCGAACAACUCGAGAGGAAACGUGCAAAUGAUCGUGAGGCUCAACGGUCUAUUCGACAACGGACAAAAGACCAUAUAGAACAUCUCGAGCAUCAGGUUUCCGUCCUGCAAGCGCAGGUAGCAGAGUUGCGACCUCGAAGCGAACGGUACGAUGAGUUGGUUCAACAAAAUGCGGCUCUUCACGCGGAAGUCAAUCGGUUGAAGGUGCAGCUGGGGGUCCCCACCGGUCGUCCAGGCUUCCCCGCCAGUAGUGAACAAGUCGGUCUCUUUCGAAGUGGAUGGCCAUUGGAGGAAGGGCCUAGGAACGUUCCCAAUCCCGCAACCAGCACGAUGCUAUCGCCAUUCUCCGGAUCUUCCCAUCCACCAAACGUUCCUCGAGCACCUUCGGCUGCCUCAGCUUCGAGUCGAUCAUCCCAUCCCCAUGACUGGCAGCAAUACUCGAACACGCGGUCUCCAUCGUUGGGCGAGACCUCUGAGCCAGAAUACUCUGCUCAGCCAUACGCGAUGGGUAGACAGUUGCGACAGGGCAGUCGGUUAGUUCCACCUUCUCUGCCUGUUGCCGCUCCACUCAGCUUUGGCAGUGCUUCCGGUCAGAGCCACCAGCCCUCCGAGUCGUUUCCCCAAAAUUAUCCACGAGAAGGACUUGGGCCUCCCGGGCAGCUGUCAAUAGAUCAGCCUGCUCCUCCGUUUCUUCCUAGCCAGGGAUCGGCUCAACCUGCGCCCGGUCAGCCAUACCCACCCUCAUACCAGAACCCUAUGCCACCGCAAUCGCAGAGAGAUCCGAGAUAUCCCUAUCCAUGGAAUCCGCAAUCGUGA